AUGCUGGGCCUGACGGCCAUCCAAGCACGUUACACUGGCUUCUCUCCCAAGAACUCUGAGGAGUUCAACAGCGCUUCUCGGAGCGUCAAGCCAGGUCUCAUUGCUUCUGGUAUCGUUUCUGCAUGGACAUGGGCGGCGACGUUGCUGCAAUCGAGUGCUGUUGCGUAUUCGUAUGGUAUCUCAGGUCCAUGGUGGUAUGGCUCGGGUGCUACGGUCCAGAUCUUGCUCUUCGCACAGCUCGCAGCCAAGUUGAAAAUGAAUGCACCGUACGCACACACGUGGCUUGAAAUCGUCUCGGCGCGAUGGGGAGUCGUUGCCCAUCUGGUCUUCAUGUUUUUUGGUUUGGCAACAAACAUCAUCGUAUCGUCCAUGCUUAUUCUUGGCGGAUCUGCUACCGUGAACUCUUUGACGGGCAUGAACACCAUUGCCGCGUGUUUCUUGAUCCCUCUUGGUGUGUCAAUCUACGUCGUCGUCGGCGGGAUGCGUGCGACGCUCCUUUGCGACUACACACACACCAGCGUACUCUUCGCAAUCAUUUUUGUGUUCGUCUUCACGGUGUACUCCACGAGUGCCAAGAUCGGCAGCUUCAGUGAGAUGCACUCUCUGCUCGCUACCGCCGCCUCCCAGGCCCCCGUCUCGGGCAAUGCGCACGGAUCGUACCUUACCAUGCGCUCUAAGAACGGUCUCAUCUUCGGUGUCAUCAACGUCAUCGGUAACUUCGCCACUGUGUUCCAGGAUCAGGCUUACUGGCAGCGGGCAAUCGCGAGUCGCCCCGCUACGUGCGUGAAGGCAUACCUUCUUGGUGGUCUCGCAUGGUUUGCGAUCCCCUUCAUGUUCUCUACUACCCUUGGUCUGGCUGCGGUCGCGCUCCGCAAUGACCCCUCCAUGAUGAUGCUCACUCCGGAGGACGUGUCUGCGGGUCUCCCAGCGUCUGCUGCUGCCGCGGCGAUCCUGGGCAAGUCUGGCGCCGUUGCCCUGCUCAUCGUGCUGUUCUUGGCUGUCACGUCUGCGACGUCUGCCGAGCUCAUCGCCGUCUCUGCUGUCCUGACCUACGACGUGUACAAGAGAUACAUCAACCCCAAGGCAACUGAGGUGCAGAUUCUCCGGGUGUCUCACUUGAUGGUUAUGUUCUUCGCUAUCGUCAUGGGUAUUCUCGGAUUGAUCUUCUACUACAUCGGUAUCUCCAUGGGUUGGCUUUACGACUUCAUGGGUGUUGUUUUGGGAUCAGCAGUUGUUCCCAUCGCUACCUGUGUGACAUGGAAGAAGGCCAACAAGUGGGGCGCCAUCGGUGGUUCGGUAGCCGGCUUCUGCUGCGGCUUGAUCGCAUGGCUCGUCACCACGUCAAGCCUGAACAACAAGCUGAUCAAUGUGACUACCAGCGGAGGUAAUCUGGAGAUGCUUGCUGGCAACCUCGCCUCGAUCGGUGUUGGCGCAGUCAUCACUGUCGCGACGUCGAUGAUCUGGCCCGAGGACUUCAGCUUCGACCCCACUCGCGCAAUCAACAAUCCGACGUUUGUCGCGGACGAGAAGACCAGCGAGUCGCGGGCCUCGCAGGAUGAGGUCGAUGACAAGAAGGAGGCAACUGCCGCUGUUGUCUCGGAGCCCGUUAUCUCGGCAGAGGAGGCUGCGCUGGAGGAGGCCAGAGAACUGGACCCCGUGGCGCUGCGCAAGUCGUUCAAACUCGCCGCGUGGUCCUCAGUAGCCCUGACACUCAUUCUGCUCAUCAUUAUCCCUCUGCCGCUCUUCUUCGCGGAGACGAUCUACGGUGUGAAGGGCCUCACGGCAUGGGUUGUCAUUGGGAUGAUCUGGACGUUCUUCUCCGCCAUCUCUGUCGUCGUGUACCCGCUCAUUGAGAGUCGCUCGGGAUUGUUCCUGAUCGUGAGGGGUAUUAUCAAGGACAUAUUCAAGCCGGGAAGUGGAAAAUUCGUCCACCAUGAACAUGUACCCUCCACAGAGGCGUAA